UGAAUCUCUAACAAAAACAGAGCACACGUUUACAAAUAGAUCAUCCCUGCGUGAGAGGAUUGAGAACCAGCCCAGCCAACCUCCAGCACAUCACCGGGGCUCCAUGAGAGUUGCUUGCGAUUUCAUGCCUCCCCUAGCCAUGCUGCUGCUGCUCCUCCUGCAGCUCCAGUCCAUGAUCAUGGUUGAUGCCGGCAGGAACUCCUCAGCUUGCCUUCCAGGCCAUGCCGCGGCGCUGCUCCAGCUGAAGCGAUCCUUCAACACCACCGUGGGUGACUACUCCGCCGCCUUCCGGUCAUGGGUCGCCGGAGCAGACUGUUGCGGCUGGGAGGGCGUCGGGUGCGGCGGCGCCGACGGCCGUGUCACUUCCCUUGACCUGGGUGACCGACAACUGCAAGCCACAGCUCUUGACGACGCACUCUUCAGCCUUACUUCCCUCCGGUACCUGGACCUGUCUUGGAACGACUUCAGUGAGUCCCAGCUCCCAGCUACCGGCUUCGAACUGCUCACCGAGCUCACCCACCUUGACCUCUCCGACACCAACUUGGCCGGCCCGGUGCCCGCCGGCAUCGGCAGCAUCACGGGGCUGGCCUACCUUGACCUGUCCACCACAUUCUUCGAAGCCGAGAUGGACGAGGAUUACAGCGUCAUGUACUACAACUCAAACACGAUGUCACCGCUCUUCGAGCCGAGCUUGGAGGCCAUGCUCGCAAACCUCACCAACCUGGAGGAGCUUCGCCUGGGCAUGGUGAACCUGUCCCAGAAUGGCGAACGGUGGUGCGACGCCAUGGCUAGGCGGUCCCCGAAGCUUGAGGUUAUCAGCAUGCCGUACUGCUCACUCUCCGGCCCCAUUUGCCGAUCGCUCUCGGAGCUGCGUUCACUUGCAGUGAUCGAGCUGCACUACAAUCAUCUGUCCGGCCCAGUUCCUGAAUUCUUGGGCACUCUCUCCAACCUAAGUAUUCUUCAGCUUUCAAACAACAAGUUUGAAGGAUGGUUCCCUCCCAGUAUCUUCCAGCAUGAGAAAUUAACAACCAUUAACCUCACCAAAAAUCUUGGAAUCUCCGGAAAUUUGCCCAAUUUCUCAGGUGACAGUAGUUUACAGAGUAUAUCUGUCAGCAACACCAACUUCUCUGGCACAAUUCCAAGUUCUAUCAGCUACCUCAAAUCUCUGAAGGAGUUGGCCCUUGGAGCUAGUGGAUUCUCUGGAGUGCUGCCAUCUUCCAUCGGUGAGUUGAAAUCUUUAGAUUCGCUAGAGGUGUCUGGGUUACGGUUAGUAGGAUACAUGCCAUCAUGGAUCUCAAACCUGACUUCUCUUACUGUUCUUAAGUUCUUCAGAUGUGGCUUGUCUGGACCCAUACCAUCUUCCCUAGGGUACUUAACAAAAUUAACAAAAUUGGCACUGUACGAUUGCCAGUUUUCAGGCGAGAUACCUUCAUUAAUAUUUAAUUUGACUCAGUUGCAUACACUCCUGCUCCAUUCAAACAAUUUUUUUGGAACAGUGGAACUAACCUCAUACUCGAAACUGCAAAAUCUGUCUGUCCUGAAUCUCUCAAAGAAUAAACUAGUUGUGACGGAUGGAGAAAACAGUUCAUCAGUACUGUCGUAUCCCAGUAUUAUCUUCUUACGUCUAGGAUCUUGCAGCAUAUCUAGCUUUCCUAAAAUCCUGAAGCAUCUUCCUGAGAUUUCUAGUCUUGACCUUUCAUAUAAUCAGAUUGAAGGUGCAAUACCUCAGUGGGCAUGGGAGACCUGGACCGCUGACUUUUUCUUCCUGAACUUGUCACACAAUAAGUUUACAGAUAUUGGAACCAACCCUUUACUUCCUCUGUACAUUGAAUACUUUGAUCUCAGCUUUAACAAUUUUGAAGGAGACAUACCAAUACCCAAAGAAGGAAGUGUCGCUCUUGAUUACUCGACCAACCAGUUCUCAUCUAUGCCGCCGAAUUUUUAUACUUACCUUACCAAUACAGUAAUUUUCAAGGCCUCCAGCAAUAACCUCACUGGAAACAUUCCACCAACGAUUUGUGGUGCAAUUGAGAGUUUACAAAUUAUUGAUCUCUCUUACAACAACUUGACUGGUUCGAUACCAUCAUGUCUGAUGGAGAAUUUAGGUGCACUACAAGUUUUAAGUCUAAAAGAAAAUCAACUUGCUGGUGAGUUACCUGAUAAUAUCAAGGAAGGUUGUGCAUUAAGUGCAAUAGAUUUCAGCGGCAAUUUCAUACAAGGCCAUCUACCCAGAUCUCUAGUUGCUUGCAGGAAUCUGGAGAUCCUUGACAUUGGAAACAAUGAGAUUAGUGACUCCUUCCCAUGUUGGAUGAGUAAACUUUCAGACCUUCAAGUCCUGGUCCUCCAGUCUAACAAGUUCAUUGGGGAGAUAUUGGAUCUUUCAGACAAUAGGGAUGUAAACAAUUGUCAAUUUCCAAAGUUGCGGAUUGCCGAUAUUGCAUCGAAUAACUUCAGUGGCACAUUGCCUGAAGAGUGGUUUAAGAUGCUCAAGUCCAUGAUGUCCAGAUCUGAUAACCAGACUUCAGUCAUGGAACAUCUGUAUCACCAGCAGAGGUACAAGUUUACUGCUGCAGUAACAUAUAAAGGUAGCCACAUCACAAUUUCCAAGAUUUUAACAUCACUUGUACUCGUUGAUGUCUCAAACAAUGAAUUCCAAGGUAACAUUCCUGCUAGCAUUGAGGAACUUGUGUUGCUUGACGGACUCAACAUGUCUCAUAAUGCCCUUACAGGGCCAAUUCCAAAUCAGAUUGGCAAAUUGAACAACCUUGAGACAUUGGACCUCUCUUCAAACAAGCUUGCUGGUGAGAUCCCGCAGGAGUUGACAUCAUUGAACUUCCUUUCAAUAUUGAAUCUGUCUUAUAAUAUGUUUGUGGGAAGAAUACCGCAAUCAUCACACUUCACCACAUUUUCCAAUGGCUCUUUUGUGGGGAAUAUUGGAUUGUGCGGACCUCCACUGUCCAAACAAUGUAGUUAUCCAACUAAACAAAACAUUAUAUCACACGCUGCUGACAAGAAUUCUGUAGAUGUUGUACUUUUUCUCUUCACGGCAGUGGGAUUUGGUGUCUGCUUUGGACUUACAAUUCUAGUGAUAUGGGGAAGCCACAGCGCGAAGCAUUGAUGUUCAGUAACACUAUUAUCAACAAUGAGGCAUGUACGAUCUAAAUAAAGUGGGCUAUGUUAUCACUGAAGCAAUAAUGGGCAUUGUAAUUCAAUCAACAAAGCCGGAAACAUGGUAUCCAUGAAAAACAUAAUUGUAGAUGAGAGCUAUCUAGUCCUUUUGCCUUACUGCUAGAUUGUUUUACACUUUACCUUGUACGCUACAUUGUUUAUUAAACUUGUUGCAAAAUAUAUGCGUCUGCCGUCGUGUAUUCGCAUAUUUGUGCACCUUCUUAAUCUUACUGCUGGGCAUCAGGAGCUUUCAUAGCCAUAAAGAUCGUGACCAGAAUGCUACUGAGUAGUUCUGCUGGGAAUUGUAUAACCUACAUAAGGACCAAGACCUCUACAUGCACAUAUGCU